CCCCGACAAAACCGAGCUCGCGGCCAUUUUUUGUGACGCAUCAACACAAUUCGCUUUGGCUGCCUCCUACGCCGAUUCGCCGCUCAUUGCUGCUAUUAAUUGCUCGCCUGGUGCAGCACCUCGUGAUCAAAGCCGUGUCUGCCUGCUAGCCGCGCCUCCACCACCACCACGACCAACUUCCGGCUGCCCCUCCAUUAGUCCGCCGCUCUCCAGCUUCGACAAACAGUAAACGGAAACGUUGCGACAACUUUGAACAAUCCUCGCCAAUUAUGGAGUUCAACAGCUCCUCGCCUUACCCAGAAGGGGUCAUCUCCUUCCUGGACACAGACUUGUACAAGCUGACUAUGCAAUGCGCCGUCUUCAAGUUCUUCAAGGACGUGCCCGUUACCUACGCAUUCACAAACCGCACCCCCGAAAAGAGACUCUCGAGGGCUGCAUUCAACUGGCUCAACGAUCAAAUACAGAAGCUAGGAAACAUUUCCCUCUCUGACGAGGAGGGCCAGUUCCUCGAAUCGAAGUGCCUAUAUCUUACCCCAGAAUAUCUGGACUUUCUCCGCAAUUUUCGACUCAACCCUCGCGACCAGAUUGACAUCCAAUUCCAUCAUGCCGAGGGCGAGGCCGGUGCCGACUCGGAGCUCGGCGACGUGGCGCUAAGCAUCAAGGGUACAUGGGCCGAGACGAUCCUGUACGAAAUCCCCAUUCUCGCCCUCACUUCCGAAGCCUAUUUUCGAUUUAUGGAUACCGACUGGAAUUACGAUGGUCAAGAGGAAAAAGCGUACGAAAAGGGUAUGAGACUACUAGAAGCCGGCUGCAUCACCUCCGAGUUUGGCACACGCAGAAGACGCGACUACCACACCCAAGCUCUCGUCUUUCGCGGCCUGGUACGAGCAUCCAAGGACGCAGAAGCCAAUGGCUUCCCUGGAAAGCUGUCCGGCACCAGCAAUGUUCAUCUGGCAAUGCGCUUCAACAUGUCACCUGUGGGCACCGUCGCUCACGAGUGGUUCAUGGGCACCGCUGCCAUCUUCGACGACUACAAAAAGGCCACAGAGGAAGCGCUGCACCACUGGGUCAACUGCUUCGGCUCCAAUCUCUCCAUUGCCUUGACCGACACCUUUGGAACACCCGAAUUCCUCAAGUCAUUCAGCCUUCCAGUACGACCUCUUGAAGGCGUCCCCGUAAAGGACGAAUUUAAAAAGCCAGAUGGCUCGCUAAAGAGCUAUGCCGAGCUCUUCAAUGGUAUUCGACAGGACUCGGGAGACCCAGUCACCUAUGCUAAAUCUAUUCGCCAAUACUAUGACGAGCAAGGCAUCAAGGACAAGAAGGUGAUUGUGUUUUCAGACUCCCUCGACAUCGACAAGUGUAUAUUGUACAAGAAGGCUGCCGAUGAGCUCAAUCUUCAGCCAACAUUCGGCGUGGGAACCUUUUUAACCAAUGAUUUUGUACACACCAGGACGGGCACUAAAUCGACACCAAUGAAUAUUGUCAUCAAGCUAAGCUCGGCAGCUGGCAGACCGGCAAUUAAGAUUAGUGAUAACAUUGGCAAGAACAUGGGACCCAAGGAACUGGUUAACAAAGUCAAGGAAGAACUCGGCUAUGUGGAGCAUGAGUGGAAAGAAGGUGACGAGACAUCACGUUGGGGCAAGGAGGAGAAGCAGUAGACUGAAAGCUGUCUACAAAACUCGACAACCUAGCGGAUGAUGAUACCAGGAAUAAAUGAUCAAACUUUGUUAUACGGAGGAAAAUCUAGAGGUUUAAAUUUUUUUUUGGUUUGCGAUUCGAAUGUAUCUACUCGACAGCUUUAGAAAAUAGAAGGCAACCUCCUCCAACAGAAGUGGACAAGGAAAGUGCGACUCUACUU